AUGAGCCGCCAAUUCACCUGCAAGUCGGGAGCUGCCACCAAGGGGGGCUUCAGCGGCUGCUCAGCUGUGCUCUCGGGGGGCAGCUUGUCCUCCUACCGGGCAGGGGACAAAGGGCUCAGUGGGGGUUUCGGAAGCCAGAGCCUGUACAGUCUGAGCGGCUUCCGGAGCAUCUCCUUCAACAUGGUCAGGAGCAGUGGGAAGAGUGGAGGUUAUAGGUUUGGCUGGGGCCGGGCCAGAGACUUUGCCGGCAGCAUGUUUGGCAGUGUGGCCCUCGGACCCGUGUGCCCGCCUGGAGGUAUUCACCAGGUCACCGUCAAUGAGAGCCUCCUGGCCCCCCUCAAUGUGGCGCUAGACCCUGAGAUUCAGAAAGUGCAUGCCCAGGAGUGGGAGCAGAUCAAGGCUCUGAAUGACAAAUUUGCCUCCUUCGUUGACAAGGUGCGGUUCUUGGAGCAACAGCACCAGGUGCUGGAGACCAAGUGGGAGCUGCUGCAGCAGCUGGACCCGAACAGCUGUAAGAACAACCUGGAGCCCAUCCUCAAGGGCUGCACCAGCAACCUGCGCAAGCAGCUGGAGACGCUUUCCGGGGACCCGGUGAGGCUGGACUUGGACCUGAGGAGUCAGCGGGGUGUGGUGGAGGACUACAAGAAGAGGUAUGAGGAAGAAAUCAACAGGUGGACAGCGGCAGAGAAUGAGUUUGUGCUGCUCAAAAAGGACGUGGAUGCAGCUUAUGCCAAUAAGGUGGAGCUUCAGACCAAGAUGGACUCCAUGGGCCAGGAGAUCAAGUUCUUCAAGUGUCUCUACGAAGCCGAGAUCGCUCAGAUCCGGUCCCGCAUCAGCAACACGUCUGUCAUUCUGUCCAUGGAUAACAACCGCGACCUGAACCUGGACAGCAUCAUUGAUGAGGUCCGCGCCCAGUACGAGGAGAUCGCCCGGAAGAGCAAGGCCGAGGCCGAGGCCUACCAGACCAAGUUCCAGGAACAGCAGCUGGCAGCUGGCCAGCAUGGGGACGACCUCAAAAACACCAAGAAUGAGAUCUCAGAGCUCACCCGGCUCAUCCAGAGGAUGCGUUCAGAGAUUGAGAAUGUGAAGAAGCAGCCUGCUCUCAGCCCCACUCCCACCCUGCUGGCCCUGCUUUUGAGGCGACCAUCAGCUGCCCUCAACCAGAAAGUCAACACCACCAUUCAGCAGGUGUGGGUGGAGGAGGGCAAGCAGAUCAAGACUCAGAAGCAAGUUUUGCUUCCCCGGUUGACAAGGUUCCAGGAGGAGGUCAACCUCAGGGUCAGUGUGGAAGAGGGCUCGGUGCUGCCCUGA